CUGACCCAGCCCAGGGAGGGCUCCGGACGCGCUGAGGUUUCGGGGUGCUGGAGCCCCCGCUCCCCGCUGGAGCCCGGUGCGUUCUGCAGCCCUGCCCGGCACCCCGGCUGCCGCACCGCCGCUGCUCUCCCCGCCAUGCCCCCGCGGUCCCGCCGGCCGCUGCUGGCCCUGCUGGCGGCCCUGGGCUGGCUGCUGGCGCUGCAGCUGCUGCUGGACCUGCGGGCGCUGGGGCUGCUGUGCGGGGCGCUGGCCGUGCUGGGCGGCUGGCUGGGCCCCCCGGCGCUGCUGCCCCGCGGCCGCCGCCUGCGCCUGGAGCGCUUCGUCAGCUCGCUGCGCGCCCCGGCCGGCAGCGCCGCCGACGAGGGCCGCCUGCAGAGGGAGAUCGCCAGCACCGUGCGCAAGGUGGUGCGGGAUUUCGUGGCCUCGUGGUACCGCACGGUGAGCAGAGAGCCGGCCUUCGAGGCCGAGGUGGAGAGGGCCAUGCUGGGGCUGGCCGCGGAGCUGCGGCGGAGGAUGAGGCGGGUGGACCGGCGAGCGCUGGCCCGCCGCCUGCUCCUGCUCUGCGGGCAGCACCUGCAGAGCUUCCUGCGGGCCCGGGAUGCCCUGAGGGCCGAGCCCAAGGGCGGCCGGACGCUGUGGAGGGAGUACAGCCGGCUGGCGGGGCCGCACCCCGCCCUGCUGAGCCCCGCGGCUGAGGUGGGCUGUGCCCGCGCCGCCGUGGACGCGCUGCUGAGGGCGCUGGUGCCCUGGCCGCACCUGGAGACACGGACAGGGCGUUUUGUGGUGGUGGAGCUGGUGGCCUGCAACGUGCUGCUGCCGGCCAUCAGGAAGAUGUCUGACCCCGACUGGAUCAACCUGCUGCUCAUCGGGGCGCUUUCCAAGAAGCCCCGGGGUGGGAAGCCCCACCCUACACCCCCCGUGCCAGAUUCCUUGCCUGUCCCGGCACAGACUGACACGGCUCCUGCCGGGCUCCCCCUGUCCCCGAGGGCUGCCGAGGGGCUCAGGAGAGAGGCUGGAGAGGAGGGAGAGGAGGCAAGCAGGUCAUGCCAUGCAGAGGAACCCUUCCUGCGCCCCCAAGCUCUGGGAUCCCUCUUCCCCUGUGAGGGUUUGGAGUUGGAAUCCCCUGCACCUGACCUGGGGCAGGAUGCAGAGCUGCUGGCUCCUUCUCCUGCUGGAGAGCUCCUUGAUGAGCCUCCCCAGGACCCUUCUGUGCCAGAGGGAGCACCUGCCUCAGAGGAUGGCACAGGGGACCUGGACCACGGCCCUGGCCCCAGCUCAGAUGCUGGCCUGCUUCCCACCUCUGCUUUGAGCUCCUGCCCUGACAUCCAGAUCGAGCCAGCGGCUGAGAAGGAGGAGGAAAGCCCAGCUGUCCCCAGGAGGUUCUCCUCACAAAGACCCUCCAGCCUGGGGAGAGAUCUGGGGGCAGCAGAGGGCCCAGCACAGUUUCCCCCAGAGCCUGGGCAGAGCCUGCCCCUGCUGUCAUCCUCCCCAACAGCUUCCAUGAGCACCUUCAGCUUUGAGCCCCUGAGCAGCCCCGAGGGGCCGGUGGUCAUCCAGAACCUGCGGAUCACCGGGACCAUCACUGCCCGCGAGCACAGCGGCACCGGCUUCCACCCCUACACCCUGUACACCGUCAAGUAUGAGACAGCCCUGGAGGGCGAGGCCGCGGGCAGCCUGCAGCAGGUGGCUUACCACACCGUGAACCGCCGCUACCGCGAGUUCCUCAACCUCCAGACCCGGCUGGAGGAGAAGCCGGAGCUCCGCAAGUUCCUGAAAAACAUCAAAGGACCAAAGAAACUGUUCCCUGAUCUGCCAUUUGGAAACAUGGACAGCGAUAAAGUGGAAGCCAGGAAAAGUCUGCUGGAAUCUUUCCUGAAGCAAUUGUGUGCAGUCCCUGAGAUUGCAAACAGUGAGGAGGUGCAGGAAUUCCUGGCCCUCAACACCGACGCCAGGAUCGCCUUUGUCAAGAAGCCCUUCGUUGUCUCCAGGAUAGACAAGAUUGUUGUCAAUGCCAUUGUGGACACCUUGAAGACAGCGUUCCCCAGGUCAGAGCCCCAGAGCCCCACGGAGGAUCUGAGCGAGUCAGAAGUGGAUGGGAAAUCCCAGCCAGAUGGGAAGAAAAGCAAGUCCAGGCUGAGGUUCUCAUCCAGUAAAAUCACUCCAGUGCUGAGUGUGAGUGAAGCUCAUGACAGGAUCGUGUACUCCAUCAGGGAGGGCAAUGCUGUCUCUGGCACCCUGUCGCUGGCUGCUAUGGAAUCCUUCAUCCAGAAGCAGGAGAAGCUGCUGGAAGCAGUCCCCAGCAAAGCUCCUGAAGGCCAGGGAGGCAGAGAAGCCAAGGAAAUCUCUGUGCAGGAAGAAAUGGAUGGGCUGAGCACAGCGGAGCAGGGAGCACAUCCAGACACUGACUCUGACUCCGAGACAGCUUUGGCUGACCUGGCCAUGGACGUGCUUCGUCUGGUGCUGGUGGAUCACUGGGGCUGGCUGUGCACAGAGAACAUCCAGAAGGUCUUCAACCUGCUCUUUGGGACUCUCCUUCAAAGGUGGCUGGAAGUGCAGGUGGUUACCCUGACCUGCACCCAACGCUGGGUCCAGUACCUCCAGUUGCUGCAGGAAUCCAUCUGGCCUGGAGGAGUUUUACCAGCAGUGCCUAAACCCCCCAGGACAGAGGAGCAGAAGAAGGCAACAGCAGAGCAGGCCCUGCAGAGCCUGAUGGGGAUCUUGCCCAAUGUGAUCCAAGAAAUCCUUGGGACCACUAAGUGUCAGAUGAGCUGGAACCUGGUGCUGGAGUCGCUGAGCCAGCCUGUGAUAAACAGGCACCUGGUGUUCUGCCUCCUGGACAUUCUGCUGGAGUUCUUGGUUCUGAAGGACUCCAGCAAGGAGCCUGAGGCUGCAGCUGCCACACCGUGUGCCUGCAGUGGCCCAGACAAAGGUGCCCCAGCACUUUAACCAGGGCUGUGCCCCAGCAGUGCAGGAGAGAAGCAGCCACAGGCAUGGAGUGAUUGGAUUUUCAGCCUUUACUGAAGGUGCCUGGGAGCUUCCUGUGAGGAAUUUCUGCAGCCAGGGCUAAAUGAAGCUGCUUCCAGGCUUCUCUGUUUCAGCUGGUGGUGGAUCAAACCCAGUGUGAGGGGCUGUGCAGCAGCUGUUCCAUUGCUGACCUGAUGGGGAGCCUGGAAUGAACCAGCCUGACCAGCUGGAGAAGGAAGCACAGACCCUUCUGAACAUCUCUGACAUCUACAGAGAAUGCAGGAGAUCUGCUUUUGUGGCUUCAGGGUCCACUGGCACUGAGAGGGUUGGUGUGCUGGCAUCCUGCUGAUGAAUGUUUCUGCAGGACAGGUGAAGGGGUGCAGUGCUGUCCCUGCUGCCUGAGCAGCCUGCCCUGUGCCUGCUCUGCACCAUCUGUGUCACCAGAAGGAAGAUGGGGAAAGGAUGGAGUGUGGAGAUGUGGUCCUGAAGUUCAGCAUCCAGCUGCCCAAAUACCUGGGAGGUGAGAGCAGGGGCCCAGGGAGCUGCCCUGCCUUAGGGACAAAGAUCAGCUGCUUCUCCCUGGCCCUGCUCUAGUUCUCCAUCAAACAAUAGGUGCAGGCAGGCUGUGAUCCUGGGAGAGACUCUCCUCAGGCUAGGGAGGAGUGGUGGCUUGGCUGGACUUUAGGACUUUUUUAUAUUGUGCUUCCUGAGUCACCUUUUGGUCCCUGGGACAGUCACCUGCAAGGCACAGGCCAAAAGAGCUGACCCAUGUGGGACACAGCAAGUAAAUCAGCUCCCACACAGAAGUGGUUGUCACAGGAAGCUCUGGAAGAGGAAUGAGGACCUUGAGCCCAGGGGAAUCCUGGAUGUGUGUCAUGGACAGUGGGUUAGACCCCAGCAAAGGGGCUGGGAGCACUGCCUGAGCUCUGCUGCCCAUGGCUGUGUCACUGGGCUUUGCUUUGCUGUGCCUGCUGCUGGCACAGCUCUGUGCAGGGCUCUGGAAAGCUGCUCAGGUCACGGAACAGGGACUUGGAGCUGCUCCUCCAGGUGUCCAAGACUUGAGUGGCUUUGUGAGCACUUAGUGUUGCUCAGGCUCCUGGGAGUACUUAAAGGACUCAGAAUAUGCACCCACAGCCCAGUUUGGUGACCUGCUUUGGUGUUUUUUCUGGGAGAAGCAUGGACUGACCAGUGCUGGGCUGGUGAAGGUGUUCCCUGCAGAUCCCAGGGCGCCAUGCAGGAUCACAUGUGGUGUCUGUGCUGCAGGACCAGGUGGUUUCAUCCCACAGAACCACGGAAUACCAGGCUGGAAGGGACUGCCUGCAGUUUCUUGGAGCUGGAUGCUCCAUGGCAUGUUUGGAGAGGAGGCAGUGUAACUCCAACAUGCCUAUCCUGCUCCUCCAGAGGAGCUGCUUAAUUAUGGACACACAACAGUGUGAGCUGCUCUGUGCUUCUGUUGUGUGGAAAUACAGAGAGGGAUCAUUUUGCUGCAAGCAAAUAGAUUCUUAGGGAGCUCUGGGGACAUCCCAAGACCAGGCAGAAUCCAGUGUCAUGAAGCAAAUCAAUUCUGCAUCACUGAUGGAGCCAUUUCUCAGCAGGGAGGCUUCAGAGAUGGUAGACUGGCCACCUGCUUGGAGAACGGAGGUGUGUGUUAAGUGGAUUAAGGGUAGAUGAGGUGGAGAAUGCUUUGGGAUAAUCCCAAGUGGCCAAGCAGCAGUUUGGAAAGCAGGAUUCAGAUAAAUCCUUAAAUAUCUGCUUGGAGCAGCUGCUUCACCUUGUCCUUCACUGCCGGGCACCCUGAGCCAGAGGUGAUGCAGCAGAGCCCUGCUGUGCCUGGUGGCUUCCCAGAUGUUCCUGCUGUUCUUGUUUGCUGUUGCUUCCCAAUGAAUUGUGUGGUUUUGGAGCUCCAGGACUGUGCCCUGUCAUUGAUUAGGGAGAAUAUUAAGAGGCUUUGCUGAAAAGGAUCAUGGAGUACAAAUUAUCCACUGCCAGCUCCAGGUUAGGGCAAAAGGCUGAAACAGGAAACUGGAUGUGGUACUGGCAGGAUGAGCUGACACUUCUCCUUUGCCACGAAGCCCAAAUUCUCCCAGCUUUUAACCCCCAUCUCUGAAAUUAUGCAAACAACUGAAUAUUCAGUCCUCCAGAUGGAAAUAAUCUGUGAUUGCUGCCAGUCUGGGAGCUGGUGCUCUGCUGGGCUGGUGCAGCAAUGAUUUGGGGUUGUCCCAGCAGCAACAUCCUCCUGUGUGUUAAGAUACAAAGAGCUGGGACAGAGAGAGAAAGGAGAUUUAUUUAUGUGCACUCUCAAGGCAGUGGGGGAGUGGGGAACAGACCUAAGGAGUUUGAGUUGGAGAAUGUUGUUUUACUCUCCAGAACCCCCUUUCUUGUCUCAGAUAUGAAGGGUUGGAGCCCUUUCUCAUGCUCUCACUGGCUGGGCUUCAAAUUCCCAUCUCUCCUUGGGAGAUUUUAGUGCAGCCUUAGAGCUGAGGUGAAGUGCCCAGGAGCAAAUAGCCCCUCUCUGCAUCGUGUUGUUAAGGAGUAAAACAAAUCCAAUAAAAAGCUCAGCUUUUUUUCUACUGUGAGUUCUUUGCCUCGCUGUGAUUUUGGGAUUAAAUUGAGCACAAUGGUGGCAGAUAAAAACUUCUGCAUUCAGGUGGGCUGAAAGUUUAUUUCCAUUGGACUAAGACUAGAAAAACUGCUCUGCUAAAACAAACAGAGUUGACAAAAAAACUUAAGCUUGCUCAGUGUGUCAUAUUCCCAGCAAGCUCCUUUUUUUCUGCAGGAAUUUGUAGAAGGAAUUUGCAGGAGGCUCCAGCCACCUCUCUAAAGGGCGGGUGGUGAGAGCAGCCAGAUUUGACCUCAAUAAAGAGUUGCAGCUUUGUGUCACGUUAGGUCAAGAGCAGUACCUGCCUCAGGUGGCUGCUCAGCUCUCCCUCUCCAGGUCCUUCAGGCUUUGUGAUCUGCCUCCAGCCCACCACUUGCUGAUUUUGUGAAGUGUUUCCCUUCUCACUGCCUUAGUGUUUCCCACAGCUGACUGGAAGCUUCCUGGAAGGGAUUGCUCCUGUGUGUGACUGUGCAGUGGUGUAGAGCUCCAAGGCACCACUCUAAGCUAAAUAACUAUUUAACUGUGUUUUUAGGGGAAAAAGUCCCACCAUGCACUGACUCCCUGUCACAUUUCCUGUGCUGAACCCUUUGUAUCAGCUGUUUUUGGUGCUGCUGGAGUCUGUGGAAUUCUGCUGUCUGGAAAACCUUUUUAAUUGUUAAAUGGGGAGCAAACCUUCACUCCCAUGUACUUGUGUGAAAAUAAUGCUUUAUUUCAAAUUUACUUCUCUGUCAGAGUUUAAAAUCUGCCUUUGGUAGAGAGGAACAAGUGGGGAGGAGGCUGGGUGUGAGUGGGCAGAGGGGAGGUGACUCCCAGGUGUCACAAAAUGCAUGGCAGGGCAGCAGGGCAGGGGACAGUGCAGGUGGGACAGGUUUUCCCUCCUGGCACACAGGGGGACUGCUCAGACAUGGGAAAGACCAAAGUGCUUAAAGCCUGGCCAGGAAUCAGAACAAUUUCCCACCCCAUCAGCAUUGCUGCUUUCUCUCUGACAUAAAUUCCUUGAUUUAGGCUCUCUGGGGAGUCUAAAACCAGGGAAGCCAUGUGGAUCGUUUGCCUUUCUUCUGGCAAACAGGGAAGGACUCCCCUAGCAGCAGGGAUCUCAGACCCAUCUCCACAUCCCUUGGGCAGUACUGCAUUGGAAGCUUUCCUUGCUGUCAGUGCUGGAGUAGGAAAGCUGCUAAGCUGUAAGGAAAUAGGGAAUGUCUGAAAACGAGGAAAUCCAGAUGAAAUUUGUAAUACUAUGUCAAAGGAAAAAAAAAAAAAAAGAGGAGAUAAGAAAAACCUGAUACAAUGAA